CACACUUUCCUCACACUUUUCUCUCAGACCCUCAUCAAACACUUUGGUAUCAAAAACCCAGCAAACCCUUUGAGCUUUAGAGAGAUGGCAAAAGUGGGGAAGCUAACAAAGCUCAAGUCAGUCAUAAAGAGAUGGCCUUCAUUCACCAAGCUCACCCGCACCACAAGCUCCAUAGCUGCCGCAACAAGCGAAUCAGAUCAUGACAGCAAGGUCUCCAAGGAGCUUCAUGCUGUGUACGUGGGCAAGUCCAGGAGGAGAUACUUGGUCAACUCAGACAUCGUUGAUCACCCCAUCAUCCAAGAGCUGGUGGACACGUCAUCAGGUGAGGUGGUGGUGGCCUGUGAGGUGGUGCUGUUUGAGCACUUGCUGUGGAUGCUGGAAAACUCCGAGACUCAGUUGGGCUCCAUGGACGAGCUUGUUGAGUUCUACACUUGCUGAGUUCUGUGUGUUUUGACAAGAAAUGAAUUGAGUUAAUUAGCUAAUUUGUAAAUUAAGACUAUAAUUAGGGAAUUAAUGUUUUGUUUUAGUUUUUGUGUGUGUGUGUGUGUGGCUGCUAUUUGUGAAUGCAUGUCCAUUUGGACGGUGAGGUUUGAUUUAAUUAACCCAUUUCAUUUAAUUUUACUGCGAAUGGAGAUCGACCAUGUUAAAGAACUUGGUUAAUUAUGUUAUGAAUUGUCAUUUUAUUUA